UUAAUGGUAGCAUUGAUCGUAGGAGAGAGAGAGAGAAAAGUUGAGUCCACUUGAUGAAGAACACAAACAAACUUCGUCGAUUGUUUAUUGCUGAGUAGAGAUAAUGGUGGGUGGUGGUUACCGAUUAGUACGACUAACUCAACUAUGCCCACGCCAUAGUUUCUGAACAGAGGAUUUUCUAUCAAAAAAACCUUCUACAGAUAAAACAUAGUGAAACUCGAAUAGGCAGUAUACAUUAACAUUCAGUUUGAAGUAUAAUACAGAUUCUUAAAUCUUUGUUCAUUAAUUUCUUUCCAAUUUCUCAAUCUUCCGGAUCUUAUCAAUUGCUUUCUUGAAAAAUACAAAUAUUUUUUGUCUAAUGAACCCACACCCACACCCACAUCCUUCACCACCUGAAGUGGGCUCGCCAUGGUCCACCUGUUCUUUCUCUUCUCUAGAAAAGCUGACCAUUUCAUUCUGCAGCAAGUUAACGAAAAUUCCCACUCCUUUUACAUCUCUGAAGGAAUUAAAGUUACAAUCUUGUCAUGCUCUCACAUCCCUGCCUGAUAUACAAUGCUUAACUUCAGUCUGGAAAUUAACAAUCCGAGAUUGCAAGGAAUUCAAGCUUUCACCAAAUGAUCUGAAAUGUCUCACCUCGAUAGCGAUAAGGGAUAUUGACACUCCAAUAUCUCCCUUUUAAACGUCUGAGGCUAUCAGUUUUUCUGCUGUAUGCAACAGCAUUUAUAUAAAAGGAACAUAUUGGGCAUUUUUUGGUGUUUUUAUGCACAUAAAUGUAUUCCGCAAAUUCGAAGAGUCGAAGCUGGAUUUGUAGGUAAUUAAAUUAAUUUAAGCAAACAUUUCUUUUUUUUGUUGUUGUUUAUUGAGUUAUGUAAAACAUAUUUGUGAGCUGAGCACUUAUUUUCAGAUAUCUUGUCCAGUUUGUAACAUGGGUUUUUGUUGCAAUUUGUUUUCCAUUAGAUUAUAUAUUAUCGUCAUGUAUCACCAAAUUAUUUCUUGGGCUUCUGCCUUGAUUUAAGGGCGGGAAAGUCUUGACACCUAACAGAUCUCACUCCGAGAGAGAAAUAUUGGUGAAAAAUGGCAUAAAAUGCAUGAGAGCUCUAUCUAUCAGCCUUACAAGUAGCCAUUCUCUUGAAAACACUCUUUAUGUUUGAAGCUGUCUUUCUAUUUCCUAGAAAUUCUACCCCAACUUUUGCAUCCAAGAUUCACAUUCUUUUUUUGACCAUACCAACCCAUAUACCCAAUUUUUACCUGACACUAUAAUGUCACUAUUUAAACUAUUGUUUGGUCAUCCAUAAACUACAUAUUAUUCCUUCUCACAAAAUCCUUCAUUUUUCCAAAACCAAAAACAUUAACAAAAACCACCAUGUCUAUCAAAGUCCAACAAUUAAGUUCAAAGCUAGUAGGACCCAUUUACAGCGGCAAUGAACAACCACCACCAGAUACUAACCAGUUUGCUCCUCUCAGUGUCUUUGAUUGGUAUAUACCCGAUGAACACGUACCUGUGAUAUAUGCAUUUAAAACACCAAAUCCUUCAAACGCAUUCUUAGAACAAGGUCUUGGGAAAGUGUUAUCGGAGUACCGAGUAUGGGCUGGUAGGCUUGGUAAAGAUGAGAACAACCAUAGCAUAAUUCUUGUUAAUGACAAAGGUGUUAGGUUCAUUGAAGCAUCAGCUGAUCGCGCCCUUGAGCAGGUUAUGCCUUUCAACCAAUCCACCUUAUUAACCCUUCAUCCAGACUUUGAAGGAAUGAAAGAGAUUUUAAUCAUUCAGCUCACAAGAUUUACUUGUGGGUCUUUGGUUAUAAGUUUCUCGUCGAACCAUAUGGUAGCUGAUGGAUUCUCUGUGAGCCAAUUCUUGGUUUCUUGGGGUCGAGUUUGCCGUGGACUUGAUAUCAAUCCACGUCCUUUGCACAACCGUGAAAUUUUUGUACCUCGGAAUCCAUGUAGGGUCGAGUUUGAUCAUCAAAGCUUGGAGUUCACAAAAGGAGUGAUCAAUGACGUGUUUAUUGAUCCUUCAAAUGUACCUCCUUAUUCAGAAGAGGAUGUGAUAUAUCAUAAACUUCAUUUUCCUACAGAAUUUAUAGCCAAGCUCAAGAGCAAGGCAGGUUCUUCAGUUUCAGGCAAGCCUUAUACCACAUUCGAGAGCCUGGUUGCUCAUUUAUGGAGAACCAUUACUAAGGUUCGAGGACUCACCUGUCAAACUACAGAAAUCAAGAUUGCUGUGAAUGGGCGUAAAAGGUUGAUACCUUGUAUUCCAGAUGAGUACUUCGGUAAUUUAGUACUCUGUGCAUAUCCUGCAGCUCAAGUAAAAGAGCUGAUGAAUGGAUCUUUACGCCACACCGCGUCGAUAAUACACGAAUCAGUGGUGAGAUUGAAUGAUGAUUACUUCAAAUCAUAUAUAGACUUUGUGAGCAAUGACAUGCAGGGAGAAAAUCCUACACCAGAAAGAGGUGAAAGGACGUUGGUAGCAUUGUGGCCCAAUUUGGAAUUUGAUAGCUGGCUUGGGUUUCCAUUUAAUGAAGUUGAUUUUGGUUUUGGCAAACCUUGCCUUUUCAUGCCGUCUUUCGACUCUUUGGAGGGUUUGGUGUAUUUGGUUCCGGCCAUUGAUGGAGGCGUCGAUGUUUACGUAUGUUUGUUCAAACAACAAAUGGCACUGUUCGACCAAAUCUGUUACUCCAUAUACUGAUUAGUUAUAAGGGAACUUGUGGUAUGUAUGACUGAAUUUAGUGCAUUUGUCUCUAUUUAUGGAUUACUACAUGUAGUUCUACGACGAUCCAAGGAGCAGAAACAUCUAGUCAAGUAAAAACUUAGUAUGAUUAUGGAUUUUCUUACAA